UCUCUCCUCGCCAGGGAGGCGUUGGUCAAACGAGUUGGGACGGCAAAUGUGGUGGUCUGCCACUAAGGCUGUAUCUUGACCUCUGCGGAGGGGAUCUAUGUUGCCCUAAGUUGACCUCUCACCUCUGACUUCCCCCAAAGGUUUAUCUUCCGAAGGACCCGAGAUGACAAAAUGCCAGGCGGAAGAAGAGGCCUAGUUGCCCCACAGAACACGUUUCUGGAAAAUAUUAUUCGACGCUACAACUCUUUGCCUGAUUGCAGUUUUCUUCUCGCAAACGCUCAGAUUGUGGAUUAUCCAAUUGUUUAUUGCUCGGAAACUUUCUGCAAAAUUUCUGGUUACAAUCGCGCUGAAGUAAUGCAAAAGAGCUGUCAUUGUAGUUUUAUGUAUGGUGAAUUAACUGAUAAAUCGACCAUUGCAAAAGUAGAAAUGGCUUUGGAUAAUCAAUUACAAGAUCAAUUUGAAAUUCUUCUUUAUAAGAAAAAUCGAACUCCUCUGUGGUUGUUACUACACGUUGCUCCGAUAAAAAACGAAAAAGACAUGGUGGUCUUAUUUUUGCUCACGUUUCGGGAUAUAACGGCUCUGAAACAACCUCUAGAGGAUGACGCUUCUAAAGGUUUAAGUAAAUUUGCAAGAUUAGCAAGAUCCGUUACUAGAAGUAGAUCAGUUUUAGUUCAACAGUUUUCUAUUCAUUUACCAGCAGUUAAGUCUGAUAAUGUGAAACAAUCGCAAAUAGCUCAUAUGAUGAGUUUAAAUGCGGAAGUUCUUCCACAGUACAGACAAGAAGCACCAAAAACACCCCCUCACAUCCUGCUUCAUUACUGCGCCUUUAAAGCGAUUUGGGAUUGGAUUAUCCUUUGCCUUACAUUCUACACGGCAAUCAUGGUACCUUAUAAUGUUGCCUAUAAGAACAAAACGAGCGAAGAUGUCAGUUUGUUAGUACUCGAUAGCAUUGUCGACGUUAUAUUUUUCAUAGACAUUGUUCUUAAUUUUCAUACUACUUUUGUUGGACCGGGAGGAGAGGUAGUAUCAGAUCCUAAAAUCAUUCGAAUGAAUUAUUUAAAAAGUUGGUUCAUUAUCGAUCUUCUCUCUUGUUUGCCUUACGAUGUGUUUAACGCCUUCGACCACGAUGAAGAUGGAAUUGGAAGUUUAUUCAGUGCGUUGAAAGUUGUCAGGUUGUUGAGGUUAGGAAGAGUGGUAAGAAAGUUGGAUAGGUACUUAGAAUACGGAGCUGCAAUGUUGAUCCUCCUGCUAUGUUUUUACAUGCUGGUGGCUCACUGGUUAGCCUGCAUUUGGUACAGUAUCGGAAGGAGCGAUGCAGAAAAUGGUUACACUUACAGUUGGUUGUGGAAAUUAGCUAAUACCACUCAGAACUAUUUCAAGUACAAUAUUUCGGAAGAGAAAAAUCAGAUGGAAUUAGUUGGUGGACCACCACGCGGUACCAUGUAUGUCACUGCACUGUAUUUCACCAUGACUUGCAUGACUAGCGUUGGUUUCGGAAAUGUUGCAGCCGAAACGGAUAACGAAAAAGUUUUCACAAUUUGUAUGAUGAUUAUCGGAGCCCUCCUUUAUGCAACAAUUUUUGGUCACGUGACAACUAUUAUCCAGCAAAUGACGUCGGCAACCGCUCGCUACCACGAAAUGUUGAACAACGUUCGAGAGUUCAUGAAAUUACAUGAAGUUCCCAAAGCAUUAAGCGAAAGAGUAAUGGAUUAUGUAGUGUCUACGUGGGCAAUGAGUAAAGGUAUCGACACGAAAAAGGUCCUUAGUUAUUGCCCUAAAGACAUGACAGCAGAUAUUUGCGUCCAUUUAAAUAGAAAAGUAUUCAAUGAGCACCCAGCAUUUCGUUUAGCUAGUGAUGGAUGCUUGAGGGCAUUGGCUAUGUACUUCAGUAUGGAUCAUAGUGCCCCAGGUGACCUUCUCUAUCAUACAGGAGAGAGUAUAGACACUUUAUGUUUCGUAGUAACAGGAUCUUUGGAGGUGAUUCAGGAUGACGAAGUGGUUGCAAUAUUGGGUAAAGGGGAUGUUUUUGGUGAUGCUUUUUGGAAAGAACCAACGAUUGGUCAGUCUUGUGCUAAUGUCAGAGCUUUAACGUAUUGCGAUCUUCACGCUAUAAAACGAGAUAAACUAUUAGAAGUGUUGAAUUUUUAUCAUGCUUUUGCCAAUUCUUUUGCGCGAAAUCUUAUCCUCACCUAUAAUUUAAGGCACAGGUUAAUAUUUCGAAAAGUAUCGGAUGUAAAAAGAGAGCGCGAAUUGGCAGAGAGAAGAAAGAAUGAACCACUGCAAGAACUAUCUCAAGAUCAUUUAGUGAGGAAACUGUUUUCAAAAUUUCGAAGAAACGGCCAGGAGAAUAGAAUUGGUAGUGCGACUUCUGAUGUAGAAAAAGGCGUUGCGUCCAGUCCUACAGAUGGACCGAGUGAAUGUGCCAAAUCAAUUAACCGUUUUAUCCAUCCAACAGAUAACACAGAUAAGAGUAAUUCAACAAGCAUCAACAAGUUUACAAAAUGGAGUUCUAGUACCAGCGAAGACAACGACGGAGACAAUAAAGAAAACCAUUUGUCUUCAGACAAUGUCCUUAAAAAACCAGACUUAUUAAAGAAGAGCGAUUUUUUGCAUGUGGUUAAGGAUGCUCGUUCGGCCUCGACUGGAGGAAGCGGCAAUCGAAGUUUAUCGAAAUGGUCUAAAGUUUUAGGUAGGCAAGAGACUAUCGAAGAGUCAGUGGAAGAACAAAAUGGGGGAGGUCUUAAAACUUCUUCUUCUUCCUUGACAGAUAAUAAAAGUACGAGAGAUCAUGAAAGUGGAGGUGGAAUCGCAGGAACUAGUGAUCUGAUGCCCUCGAGGAAUUUAUCUAGUCCAGAAUAUCAAAAAAUACUUUCAAACUUAAUGGACAUGAGAGUCGAUCUAAAAUUAGAACUGCAAAGACUUAAUAACAGAAUCAAUAGGAUCGACGAAAAUCUAAUCGAUCUACUAAAACAUUUUCCUAUAAAACCUUCGAAUUCUCGUUCACAUCCUCCACUACGCGAACCGGCCAUUUCUCUCCCUCUUCUUGUGCUGAGAUCAGACAGUCACAGUAGCAGCUAUCCAGAAGGAGAAACGAAACGUAACAAGAAUGGAAUUAUGAGAAUGGAAAGUGUGCCAAUGGUUAGAAGUGAAGAAAAAGCAUUAUUAGCGAGAAAGAGAUCGAAAUCUAAAGAUACAAUAUCUGUUAACUCUUCUCCAACAGACUCUGUGGUUAGAGCAAUGUUAGAGACUGAAAUUGAAGAACAAGAUGCAGAUGAAAGUUCACAGAGGAAACACAAAGAUUAAUUCCAUGUAACUCACAAAUUAUAAAAUGACUCUAGAGCAUCAAAUAUUUUUUGGUUAUUAGGUAAGUUGCUGCAUCGUAGAUGCAAUGGCGCGUUCUGUAGCAAUUAGGAUUGAGACUCAGCACGAUUGAGGAGUUAUAAAUCAAACUGAGAGAAUCGAAUAAUCCAUUCGAAUAACAUCUUUGGUGCUUGAAAACUCAUUUAAACAUAAAUUGCUACAAAUUGCCUUACUUACAUUUCAACAUUUAAACUGGUUAAAAGUUAAAAUUUAAAUGUUCCUUAUCUCUAAAAUCAUAAAACAUUAAAUCAAAACAAAUUACUAUAUACAUAUACAUAUAUAUAUGUAUAUAUGUAAGCCUGUAUGUAUAUAUAUAUAUAUGUUUCUGCCAAUGCCAAAAGUUAAAUCUAAAAUUUAAAUAUAUUAUCAUCCAAAUUAGUUAUAUAGUAAUAGCAAUGUGAAGAAAGGAAGUUUUAUUGGCAAAUUUUGGUGUAAUAAAGGAUAUGGUAUAUAAUAAAGGAUGCAGUUGCCAAUCAAUAACAACAGCAAGAAAGAUAUACAUUUUUGCAAUUAGUAGUUUAAAUUAAUUACCAAGACACAUGAUAAAAUAGUCAUCUUGCUAGAAUAAAUUAGAAAGAAACAAUGUUGCAUUGAUUACAGAUUUGUAUUUAAAGUGCAGGCAUUUGGUGAAAAUCUAUUAAUAAUUGUGAAAUACAUUAAUUCAUUUUAAUAAUUAAUUAAUUUCAAAAUAAAUAUUUUGACUACGUAAUAUUAAUGGAAUCAAAGUACAAUUGUUACUGAGGCCGGCUUUUACGUAUAGACUUUACUGUACUUAUAAGCAGGAUUUGUUAGUUUUGAUUGCAUUGCACGACAUUAUUUUUGAAAGAGCUUAAACGAUAUGGCACAAUUAAUAAGAUUAUUUUUGUAUUCAUUUCAAAACAUAAGUAAUAGUAAAUUCAUUAAAUUAGUCAAUUCUUUACACUAUCCUAUUUAAAAAUAUGCUAUCAAAGAGUUGAUCAGUUUGUUUUUUUUUUUUUCUUUUUUAGCAUACUUGCCAAUCAUAGCUUAUAGAUGAGGCUGACUUGGUAGCUAGGAAAGGCUAAUUUUGAAAUGUAAAAGCUGAGAAAUAAAAGCACAGUUUGCAGAAAGACUGUAGUCGACACUUUCAGCAAUUUUAAGCACUUUUUCAAUCUUCAUUCUCUUUAUCACAAUAAUUUGGCUUUUCCUACUAGCAGAUUACUAAUAGUAAAAACAUAAGAGUACAGAGUAAUAGUACAUUGUACCAUAUAUAUAAUAACUAUUAUAUAAAAAGUUAAUCCUCUAUAGAAAAAAAUUUUCAAAAAUUAAUAAUUCCUUAUAACCUAUAGCCUAGAGAAUGUGAUUUUGGCAUGUGACUUAGAUUUACAAGAACUUUCAAAUUUACUUUCUGGUACGAAAGAGGGGAAGAUUUUGUAUAUCGAUCUCGUUUUGAUACAAAAUUUCAUACGUCAAUUUAAAAGAAAAUUAAUUUUUCGUAAUUUAAUUAUACAGUUAAAGCUGUCAUUUCGUAUGAGCAGGGCAACGUUGAACUCAAAGGAAAUGUUAAUAUUGGAGAAAUGGACAAAUUCUUUUUAAAAAAAAUCCAUUAUACAAGCAAAGUUGGGAUUUUGUGAAGACAAUGCAUUAAGAAUGUAAUGGAGACUAUCUAAUUUAGAGACUGACAGGCUAACAACUGCUUCCAAACUGCGCAAAAGAGGGAGGGUUGGCAAUUAUGUUUUAGGAAUUUGAGAUCCACAAUUUAAAUAUUUCAUUUAAGUAAAUAUUUUGUUUAUAAAUUAGA